GCAGAAAAGAAUCUCUCUCCUAGUGAUAAGAAAGGAGAUAAACAGAAAAAUCUAACCCAAGCUCUAUUUGACUAUGUGGUAGAAGAAGCUGAAACACCAGUUGUUUCAAUAUCUGGGACUUCCGAAACUUCUAAGAAAUAA